AUGCCCGAGCUUCCUCCGACUGCAGUAAUUAUCCGUCUUCAAUUCUUGCCACUGUCAGCGAACUCAGCUGAUGUUCGUGCCUUCUUUCACGGGUUGAAAAUUCCUGAAGGAGGUGUACAUAUCAUUGGUGGAGAAAACGGGGAUGUUUUUGUUGGUUUUGCAUCUGAUGAGGAUGCUAGGCAAGCAAUGCGACGUGAUCGGGGAUCGAUUCACGGGCAAGAGAUUCGACUCUUACUAUCUUCUCGUUCUGAAAUGACUGAAGUUGUAGCUAAAGCCAAAACAUUUUAUCACAGCAUAGAUCGAGAUCAAUCUUUGAAUUCAAAAAAGGCGGCAACUGGUAGUGAAGAGGCUAAAAAUUCUUGGAAGGCUACCAACGUGCCACCAGCAAAUUUCAUUCAACAACAAACUCCUUCAACUUAUGCACCCGAUUCUGAUUAUAAUAAACCAGCUUAUGCAAGGAUUCCGCCAAACGGCGGUCAUGAGCCUUACGGCAGUACUCGUGAACCUCAUAUGAGUACAAGCUUCAAUGGGCACAUCAAUCAACGCGUAAAUGACGUCGGUCCACCUCAGAAGUUUCCUUUUGAGAAGGAACCGUUGAAUGGUCCUGUUUAUAAUCGUCGUCCUCCAGUCAAAGAUGUUGAAAUGCCAGCAAGAUAUUAUGGUGGGCCAACUAAAGAUCCUCGUUCGAUUCCCUAUGCACGCGGUCCUCCCAAAUCCGUAUCACCUGACCUCAAGAAAGACUUUGGAGACAACAGUCACCGAGCUGACUCAAAAAUGCCUCCCGUUGCUCAUAGAGGAAUGCAUACUCCUCCCUCAACAAUCAGAAAUAAUUUUAACGGAACAUACCCACCCCAAGUUCCGCAGCCUGACAGACACUUAGACUUAGGAAAAGAUACCAGAGACCCGAUGAAUUAUUCAAAUAACCUGGGACCUUCCAAAAACAUUGGUCCUCCUCCUCCAGUAAGAAACGAAACUUGGAGGAACAAUGGUAGAGGUAAUGGUCGUGAACGUAACUGGGAUUCAAGACAUGAUACGGCUCCUUAUCCUGAACGGAAGCCAUAUAAUCCGAUGAAAAAUGAUGUGUUUGACGACAUGCCGAACAGAAUGAAACCACACGUUUAUCCACCUAAUCCUAGAGGAGGCUUGUCGUCUAAGCCCGGACGUGGACCUAAUGGUUUUAUGGAGAACCAGCCUUUUAUCAAACGAAAUGAGCAGCACUAUCUUGAACUCAGCCGUUUACCGAAUGAAAUGCUCCGUCAUCAAGUUUUGGAGGAUUUUGUAAAGCCUUCUAUACCUCUCAACUUCGAUUCUUUUAAAAUAGUUUAUAGUCCGGAAGGUAUUCUGAUGCAUACUCUUGUUCGGGUGGAAUGUGAAGAAGAUGCUAAAAAUCUAAUGUCAAGAGACGGUGAACAAGGAAUCAAGAUUCGUAUGUCCAGGAAGCAAAUUUUUGAUGAAGCUGAUGAUUCCUUCAAUGCCAACAAUUCUCCGAGUGAUAGGACAGACUAUAAAAAAAAACGUUCGAGAUCACCCGAAGAUAGAAGACGCCGCAGGGAAAGAAGGUCCCGUUCUCGAGACAGAGAAGUUAGAAGAAGUAGAUCUCCACCACAAAAGAGAGGAAAGCAAGAUCCGAACAGAUGGUGUUUGCUCCUUACUAAUGUUCCUUUCCGCAUUUCUGAAGCUGAACUCAGAGAAUGGCUUGGUGAUCGAGCUGAUCCUAUUCAGUUGGUACGAACCUACUAUGCCAAUGGUAACGCCUCUGAUAGAUGGAUAGCAGAGUUUGAGAAUGAAAGCAUUCGCGAAAGGGUGAAAGGAAUUCGCUCCCAAUUACAAGGAAGAACUGUCAAGAUCGCCAGCAUUGAUAAUGAUUUUGCCGACGAACUGAAAAAAGUCGAAGAUAAAUAUGGAGAUGGAAAGAAGAAAGAGAAUGAACUAAAAAUGAUGGCCGAAAUUCAAUUGCAAAAAUUGAAUGGAUCGGGUAGAGAUCCACCUCCAGUUCAACAUUUCCCAACUCCCGCUUAUAGAGGCAGGGGUGGCUUCCCAAGAGGAAGGCCUCCACUCGCAGGAAGCAACCGUGGAAGAGGAAAUGGCAUCACACCUCCUAUGCCUCAUGGAAACUCUUUCAUGGGAAACAAUAACUACAAUGUCAGAGGUGGUGGACGUGGACGAGGAGUUGCUCGAUCUGGACAUUUCUUCAAUACUAACCCCAUAGCCUCGAGAGAUAGAGAAGAUAGAGACCAGAACAAUCUAGAAGAUGACUAUUACUCUGAUAUGCCAGCAGUUGACAGAGACAUGGCUAGUAGUUUAGGAGCUCAAGGAUGUGUAGUUAGCUGUUAUGGUUUUCCCUCUGAUUUAACAUUACAGGAUGUAAUGGGUUUCUUUGAUGGAUAUCCUGUAGAUGAGAAUUCUAUUCGCAUGCGCAUGGGAGAAGGUGGGGUUGGUACUGGAGAGUGUCUUCUUGCUUUUGAAGACUCAGAGAGUGCUACCAAAGCUGUACAUUAUUUGAAUGGAAAAUCGUUAAGAGGACAUUCCGUUAAACUUAUUAUCGCCGCAUAA